AUGGAGACGACGCUCCGCACGUUCUGUGUCAUUCCACACGAGGCACGCGAUGAUGAUUUCUUUGACGCCGUUUUUGAGGAUGGCGUGCGUGCAGUGCAACACGGCCGCCUGCAUUCCUUGUUCUUUUCCCAUGUCCUGAGUCCAGCACACGAUAUCGCUGGGCACGUGAUUGGGCCGCUGCUGUCGCGGGUGCGUCAGGGCGGCAAUGCCGUGCUCAUUGUGGCACUGCCUGAGGAAGACCACGACGGCUAUGACAACGUCAACGGCGGAAGCAGCGAGACGGAUGCUGCGAGUGAUGGAGUGACGUCCGGCGAGAAAUUGGAUGUUGCCUUGGAUCUGUAUGCACAACUUCUGCCGCUGCUAUUCCAGAGCGCGGAGCGGUGCUGCUUCGCGCGGGUGUCGGUUGUCAGCUUUGCUGUAAAGGGAAAGCGAGUGUAUGACGUGCUGCAGCGCUGCGAGGUGCGUAGCGAACGACAGGCACAGUAUCAGCUGAUUGAGCGCGAGGGCUCCUCCACACGGUGGGGCACGAUCAUGAAGUUGCUACACGAGCGGCAUGAUCAAUUAGAGAGCGCCAAUGUCCUACCGAAGGAGUCGGUGCUGGUGGUGCGCGUGGAACUGGAGGGGUACGGCGCCGCUCUGCUCGCGGAGGUCGGCUGCGGCCGAGAGACGCUGCACCAACUGACGCUGCUGCUGCGAAGUGGGGGCGCGUGUGGUGCCAAGACAUACCCACCGCGUGGUCCGCUUUCCAGCGUGCUGCGUGACGUCGUGCCACCAGCGGCGUUGGUGCACGUUGUUGGCCUUCCCGAUCCCGCGCCGUCGCCACGUGGAACGAUGCGCCUGCUACGUUUCCUCUCUGGUAUGUGUAGCGCGCCAGCGACAGGGACAGCAGCAGCAGCAGCAGCUUCAGAAAGUCGCCCAACACAGAGCGAUAAUGGCAAGGGGCUCAUGCAGCGGUCUGCGACUCGACACUCGGAUACGCACACGGAGUUGAACGCAGCUGCGGGCGCCAGGAGGCGGUUGCAUCCCUGCGUAUGGGGCGAGGAUUUGUUCGUGGAUCCGUCUCACUGCAUAAACACACUACCUGGCCGAUCACACAACACUUCCGCUGCGGUUGCUGCCACUACACCUGUGUGGGACUGGGGAGCUGCUCGGGCGGAAGAGCCGCUGCGUGGUUCCGUUACGAAUGCGCAGUCGUCAGGGUCAGGUGCUGCAGAGGACGGCGGCGCAGUGGGCGCCGUACCACAUACUUCGAGAGAGCAGACCCUGGUGAGCAGGACGGUGGCACUUGAGCGCACCAACCGAGAACUUGUGGAAGCUUUGUCAGAUGCCAGGAAUCAGAUUCAGCACUUGCAAGGGCUGCAGCAGUCGUCCCAGGAGGCUCUUCGUCAGAAGCAAGACGCCCUUCUCGCCGCGACAGCGUCGAGUCAAAAGGGAAGGGAAGAGAAUGCAGACUACGCGAAGCUGGUGCCAAAGUUGCUUCGCAAAGUUAAAGAACUUGAAAAGGAGCGAGACGCAUUGCAACAAUCCUUGAAGGACCGAGAGAACCAAACUAGCGACUUGCAGCAAACUAAUCACCGACUACAGGAACAAUUGCAGAGGCUUCAGAGAGAGGUGAAAGUGCUUGAAAAAAGAGAAACCCAACGUCUUAGAGAGCACGCUCUAAAUCGCAUUGGGUCAGGAGAGGAGGAAAAAAGACCUCUCAGGAGUCGGGCAAACAAGCCCACAUCCCCGAGGCGAAGGCGCAGUGGGACUACCUCGCCGAUGACCGAUACUGGUAAGCACUUAAGAGCUGGCGGGGCGCCAUCAACGGAGGGUGGCUCUACGCUUCUCAACGCGAUUGCAGAGCUGCGACAGCGCAACACAUCACUGGAGGCGGAGGUACAGGAACUUCGACAGAGAAGACCUGCGGUUGAUCCUGUUCCCGGCAGGGGCACUGUAGACGAGGCAGCAGGCGGCGAACACGCGUCGCAGUGCCCGAUGUGUGAGACGAUGAGACAUCACCUCCGCCAAGUCUCCGAGGAGCUGGACCGAAGCUGCAUGGAAAGGGAGCGCCUCCAAUCAUUGCUUGCCGAUCGUACUGUUGCGUCGUCACAUGCCCCGGCAAUAGCACGCGAUGCCGUCAGUGUGGUUGCCACUUCCCUCACGGCUGGGUGUGAAUCAAUGCGAGUGCAGUUAGAGCACCUCGGGGCAGAGGCGACGCGGCGGCACGUGCAGCAGAGUCUUCGCGACGGCGUGUUCCGCGAGCACGUGGACGCUGUGGCGGUGCUAGAGGCGGCGGUGCAUGACAUUGGUGGCCGCCGGUAUCGUGGAGUGGAGGACUACGAGCGUAUUGUGCCGUCGCGCGCCACCGCGGCGGAGGCGGAACUCCUCUCAAGCCUUUUGCUGUUUGAGGUGGAGCGCUGCAGCCGCCUGCGCGCAUUUCUGCCGACGUUCGCACAGCUCGGUGUGGCAACGGAGCAUCUCAAAAUGCGCGUGCUUCCGGCGGAGUGCUAA